CUGAUAAUCAGGUGAAAAGAUCCAUCAUCCAAAAUGCCAACCGAAGGCGUGUACAUUCGUCCAUCCGGUCAGAAGACCUUUAUUCCCUUGGAAAACAACCCAGAAGUAUUCACGUCACUCGUGCACGACCUCGGAGUCUCACCCGGCCUCGGAUUCUACGAUGUCUACAGCCUGGAUGAUGCCGAUCUUCUUUCUUUGGUGCCCCGUCCAGUUCUAGCCCUGAUAUUCAUCACUCCGGCGCAGAUGUAUUAUGCCGUUCGCAAGGAGGAUGGGACUACUGUCUCACCAGCACAGUUGACCUACAAUAAGAGCGGCGAUGAGGAACCAAUUAUCUGGUUUCAACAAACCAUCGGUCAUGCGUGCGGCCUUAUGGCAUUGUUGCAUUCUGUAGCCAAUGGAGAGGCGAGAGAGUUUGUCCAGAAGGGGUCCUUCUUGGAUGGCCUGUUGAACGAAGCCACACCACUCAAGCCCGUCGAAAGAGCUGCCUUAUUGUACAACAAUGAAGAGCUGGAGAAGAAACACAUGAAAGCCGCAAGAACAGGAAGUUCUCACCCACCUGGAGCCAACGAGGAUAACCAUUUUCAUUUCAUUUCCUUCGUCAAGGGAAAGGAUGGCCAUUUGUGGGAGCUGGAAGGCGCCACAGACGGCCCUGUGGACAGGGGACUGAUGCAAGACGGCGAUGAUGUGCUGAGCGAAGGAGCUCUGGGCCAAGCUAUACGCAAGUUUUUGGCGGCUGGAAAUGGGAAUUUGAACUUUAGCAUUGUAGCCUUGGCGAAGAAGCCCGCGCAGUGAGAUUUGGUUGGGGUGAUGAAGGAAUCCCGAUAUAGUGGUUCGUGUUUCCUUUUACGAUAUCUGUAUCACGAGAAACGACAGAGACUUAGAUGAAUAACAACGAAACUGAAUAUUCAUCAAUUCUGUAGGGCGGUUAGCACAAUUCCUCGCAAUAACACAAGCAGGUCGCAUCGAG